CACAAAGCACCAGGUCCCGCCCCCUCCUCGCUUCCAACCAAUCAGAGCUGCGUCCCCGGCCCCGUGUCCUACAGGUCAGGCCGUAGCCCCGCCCCUCGGAUGGACAGCUCCCUCCGCCAAUCGGAGCCGCCCAUCCCGCCCUAGCAACGGUUGCCAGGACGCGGCCGGGCCAGACAACAAGAUGCUGCAGGAACUCAGCGGGAGAGAAGGAAUGGGCGACGUUUCCAGGUCGAGACCUUUCCUCAGGCUGAGAGUCGCAGGAGAGAUGUAGACGGGUUUAGGAGCUGUUGCCGAGGACAGAGAGACCGGGAUGUGAGCGGCCAUUGAGGGUGGCGAGGUUGCCAGUGAGCCCCCCCCCCCCCCCAUCUGCUCGGUGUUCGGGCUGAGCUUCGAGGGGCUGAGCUUCGACACAGGACCACAUGACGGAGCACAAGGAGAAGCGAUAUGAGUGUGAUGUGUGUGGCAAGGCCUGGCAGAUCCCGAGCAAGCUGGAGACCCACCGGCGGGUACACACGGGAGAAUGCCCCUUCGACUGCUCCGACUGCAGAAAGAGCUUCAAGUCAGCAAAGAACCUGAAGUCCCACCAGCGAGUGCACACGGGCGAGAAGCCCUAUUGCUGCUCCACCUGUGGAAAGACCUUUGCCUGGUCGUCGGGGCUGCGGGAGCACUGGCGGGUGCACAGCAGUGAGCGGCCCUUCACCUGCUCCGACUGCGGCAAAGGCUUCAAGUCAUCCAAGGACCUGAAGGUGCAUAGGCACCUGCACAGCGGGGAGCGGCCCUAUACCUGCAGCGACUGCGGCAAGGACUUCACCCGCUCUUCCAAGCUGCUGGAGCACCAGCGCGCCCACACCGGCGAGCGCCCCUUCACUUGCGCCCAGUGUGGCAAGGGCUUCACCCGCUCAAACAGCCUGCUGUCCCACCAACAGGUGCAUGCCGGCGACCGUCCUAUCCCCAGCCCCGUGUGUGGAGAGCACUUUGCCAUGGCCUCCCACGCCCUGUCCCACGCCCGUGCACAACAGUGUCCAGCCGUACAACCACCCGUACUGCAGUGAAGCGUUUAACAGCUCGCGGAGGUUAUGGCAUCACCGGCGGGCCUACGCUGGUGACCGGCUGCUCCCACUGCAUCAAUCAUUUCAAGAGCGCACGGCGGCCGCGGGAGCACCAGCGGAUGAACACUAGAGAGAGACCAUUUGUGUGCGCUGAGUGUGGCAUGGCUUUCACCUGCAUAUCCAGCCUGUGGCAGCACCGGCAUACCCACACCGGUGAGCAUCCCUGUUGAUUCCGGAUAUGAACGUACCCCCCUAAUCUGGUUCAAUCAAACACCGAAUGCAAGCACUGAAUUUCCAACUCUAUUUUAUUGUACACAAUACCGCGGGACUGAUCCUCGUUACCACUUACUCGAGCACAAUACAGCCUUGCGCAAAUAGAACAGACCCAAGACGAUCGGCACAAACCAAUGGGCUUCUCACCCCUUUAUACCCCUCCAAACUAAAGGCGCGAAAGUACUUGGGGGAGUUAACCCCUACAAGCAAACCAAUACAGUCUGCAAAGUACAUGGAAUGACAGCUCCAUAGCCCAAUCGUAACAUCGUUUCAACACAUAGCACGUAGGGUGAAACACUUCCAUGAAGUAAAGAAACAUUAUCACUAGAUAAAGAAACGUCUUUGGUGAGGCCACCCUCCUGGACCAAUCACAAUUAGCGGUGGGAAGGCACUGCAACAUAAUUGAAACCUAACUUUUCCCCAACCAAUCCCAAGCAUGCCUUUGCAGCAGUGCAUAGCUCCUUCUGCAGAAUCCCAUACAUAUUAACUUGCAGGCCAUCGGGACAAUUGUGUUGUGGUUCUAAGACUCAAAUUUCGAUAAGAUGACACAGACACGGAGAAUUCUUCAAGAGGAUGAAAGCCUUUAUUUGCAAAUAUUCAGCUGGACCAUUCAGAGAUGACACCACCUGUACGCUCUCCAAUUGCUCUCCAAUCCAAAGAAACAAGCAGCUUUUAUUACAGUUCGUCAGCCCUAUCGGCUUCAUUAUCUUGCAUACUGUAAAUCCUUUCGCAUAAAUCCAUCUUCGAUUCUAAUAUUCACUGUCUUGCCACCAUUACUUCCGACCUUGGUUCAGUCUUUACAUUUCCUCCCAUAUCAGUUCCUCUCUCUGAAAUUCCAAACUAUUGCUUUUAAUUUCCCAGCUAUGUUUCAGCUAAAGCCAAGUUUACACAAGCCAAGGCUAUCCACACCAUAUUAUGCUGUUGCAUAUUGGUUUAUAUCUUUACACACAAAGAUACAAAUGUAUUAAGAAUACAGAUCCAAAAGUAAAAAUAAAUAACUUGUUUAGUGCCUUGAUUACUGGAUAAAUGUUAAGUGUUGUAGGGCCGAGAUGGCCUGUUUCCGUGCUGUAAUUGUUAUAUGUUGCAAAACUAACAACCAUGUGAGUCUGAGCACAAUAAGCUGAUUAUGUAAAAUAGCUGACAUCUGCUGACUAUGAUAAAUGUUUUAAUUAAGUCUUCUAUAACUUCCAUAACACCUCUCUGCAACCCCUUCCCAGGCUUCAGUCUCCCUAGAGCCAUCCAUCUUGCAUGGUUCUGCAGCUCUCUGCAAAUGAUGUCAAGUAGGUAUUUACAGAUCUUUACACAGACAUCGUCCAUCUUCCCAAGUGCCCAAAUUUCUGAUAUUAACAUUCCCCCCUUUUAUCAUGCUAUGAUAAUCAAAACAGGGUUAAAAGACAACUGUUCAGGUUAUAGACUCCGACAAUGAUAGCGAUGUUGUUGUGUCAGAGCUCCAAGUCACUUACUGAGUUUACAUGGGCAUAGCUUCGAAGACUCCUGACUGACGAGUCUCCACCUCCCGAGUUCACAUGGGCCUGAAUUCUCUUGAUCCACCAUGUCAGCUUGCAUUACUCUUGACGCUCGAUGUAAUGCUCCUACACUAAGAGAUUCCUCAAAGAAAAGAAGUUACCAGCUCAAACUUUUCCACUAAUACUUUUGCAAUGGUGCAGAUGGACCCACGCAUUCCUUCCUUCCACCUCGGCAGCAUUUGGGGUUGUCAGGAGAACCUUCCCACCGAGCCUCCAAACCUUUCCUCACCCAAUUCUUCACCAUCACAAAAUCACCAGGAUUGACCUUAAUAGACGAAACCAGGGGAGGUAAUUCACUGUAUGCUGCUCGCACCCUGGAAUAUAAAUCUCUUAGCGCUCAAGUCAAGGUCAGAACAUAAUUGGUCAUCCCUGUAGCCAUAUAAUGGAAAUUGUCAACCUUUGGGUUAUUUUGGUUCCACGGAGUUCCGAAGGGACGUCCAUAUACAAUUUCAGCUGGGCUUAGUCUUGAUUUCCCUGCAGGCAUGACAUGCGUCUGAAAUAAAGCUACAGGAAGCAAUUUAAUCCAAUUAAUUCCCGUCUCAGACUUUACUUUAGCCAAUUUCGUUUUUAGGGACUGAUUUGCUCUUUUGACAAGUCCAGCAGCCUGUGGUCGAUAAGCACAGUGUAACUGCUGCUGGAUGCCCAGCUGUUCACAGAAUUGUUUGUUAAUUUGCCCAAUUAAAUGAGGACCACUGCCUAAGCCGAAUUGAAAUGCGGAAUCUGGGGAUGAUUUCUCACAUAAGCACCUUGACAACAGUAGCCGCUUUGUUAUCAAGUGUUGGAUAGGCCUCCAUCCAUUUGCUGAAUACAUUGACUAUCACAAGUACAUACCUAUAUCCUUGGCACUUUUCCAGAUCAAUAUCAUCCAUUUGAAGAGUUUCAAAGGGACCCAUGGGUAAAGGUGUUUUCCCAUCCUCACAAGCCAUUUAUUUCCCAGGGUUAUAUUUCUGACAGAUAAUACAACAGCUACUGACCUGGGCUAAAGUCUGUAAUCUUGGAUGCCACCAAGUGGCCAAAAGAGCAUUACCAAUCGCUCUAGCACCACAGUGAGUCACAAAAUGCAUGCACUCCACAACCCAAACUGCAAGAGAAUCUGGUAUACAAGUAUUCCCUGCCGGAAUUACGCUAAAUCCUGACAUACAAUCUAUUGUACAUCCAAGCUGUUUCCAUAAUCUUAUAUUGCCUUCAGGAGCUUCUUCCUGCAACUGAAUAAUUUCCUGGAUGGUUAGCAUUGCCUUUUCCGAGGGAGACAUGUCACCUGAACUUUUAAUCUGUCACAUCAUCUUUGGAACUACCACCUUGCGUUCCCGGGAUACCUCCUUUGCUCCUUGAUCAGCACAACAAUUCCCCAUGUCUAACUGGGUCUGGCCCUUUGUAUGAGCACUACAUUUCAUCACCGAGAUUUGCCUGGGUAGCAGCAGAGACUGUAAUAAAUUGAUUACCAAUUGCUUGUGAGAUAUUUGAGUUCUUGCUGAGGUCAGGAAUCCUCGACUAUGAAUACUCCAUAGGUGUCCAAAAUAGUGUACUACCCCAAAUACAUAUCUAGAAUCUGUUUAUAUAUUUACUUUCAGAUCUCUUCCAAUAAUACAUGCUCUGGUUAAAGCGAACAGCUCAACCUGUUCGCUGAUAAGAGUAACUUGAAGGCUGCUGCCUCCCAUCCUAGUCUAUGAUAGCGUAGGACUGACUCCCAUCUGGACUACACUUCUUCACACCCUGCAUCCUGUAAGGACUCCAUCCCCUACUCCUAAUUCUUCCAUCUACGCCACAUCUGCUCCCAAGAUGAGGUGUUCCACACCAGGGCAUCUGAAAUGUCCUCAUUCUUCAGGGAACGGGGGUUCCCCUCCCCCACCAUAGAUGAGGCUCGCACCUGGAUCUCUUCCAUACCCGGAACACUGCUCUCUCUCCCCAUCCCCCCACUCGCAACAAGGGCAGAGUCCCCCUUAUCCUCACCUUUCACCCCACCAGCCGUCACAUAGAACAAGUAAUCCUCCGUCAGUUUCUCCACCUCCAAUGUGACCCCACCACUCGCCACAUCUUCCCAUCUCCUCCCAUGUCUGCCUUCCACAAAGACCGCUCCCUCCGUA